AUGGCUGACCUAAAUGGGGCAAAAUGGAAAUGUAUCAUCUUAGUAGGAGUGGCGUUGAUUUGUUCUUGUGAAGGAAAGAUCCCUCCAGAGAAUAUUGAAGCAUUUGGUGAAUACAAACUUGAGUCUGUGACAACCGAUGUUGUUGAAGAGAAAAGAGGAGAGUUGGAACAUCCCUACCACCUGCAGGCAUUCACUUCUCAUCCAAUUGGGGACCAUCGAGAUGUUCGGCUAUUCGAUGUUACCUCACGUUCGCUCAGUGAUUUACGAACAAAUGCAUGGAAAGAUAAUCUACCUACCAAAGCGAGAUUUGUGAAACGUCACGCAGAUGUAGAUGCACCCACAGAACAGCCGAACGCUCAGGAAGAUCCGAUUGUAGCGGAAAAACAAAUCAUGCAUCUGCCGCAUAAAAGCUCAGAAUUUCAAGCAAAGGUUAUGCGUGAAGAGCACGAUUCUGAUGGCGAAGAAUCAAUUCAGAUGAUUCAGGAGGGUAUAAAGUCACGCGCCCCCAGAGUAAACUUCGUCACACAGCAAACGAAAAAAAUACUGCCUUCGUCAGAAUCUCGUGACACAUCGAACGACAAACUGAUACUAGAGUUGUAUCGCAAGCCGGUGAGAAACCUGAACUAUGAACAUUCCUUACCUCGAACAUAUGAUUCCUUGAUGGCAACAUCUCAAUCACCAAUGUACCCUCGAGUGUACAACAGAUAUGAUUCGUUCCAUUACGACAUGAUGAAUCGAAUGCAUCCUCCAGCACCUCAUCGAUACGAUCACUAUUACGAGCGUCGACACGAUGUGGAAAAUGACUCGUAUUUCCCUCGGUACAAAUUUCCGUACUAUUAUUAUUAUCCCGACAGGCGUUAUGAUGUUCCGUUGUACUAUAGGGAUCGUAACUAUCUGUACAUGAACGGCGUCGACCAAUCUCCGCACGGAUUCCCCAUGUAUAAUACGGUACCCUUACCAACUACUAUGAUUCGAUCUUCCGUACCUGCUAUGCGUAAUCGCCGAAUAAUAUAUUUUGCCACAUUACCGGAAAUAGUUCGGCCACGCACGAAGGACAACUUGAACCAUAGACUAGUGCAAGGAAAUCAAUACGAACAUUAUAACGCCCAAGUACCUCAGACUGGAAUAACGUAUAAAGAUGCUCGACCUGCGAAAUAUGACGGUAAAGGUGAUAAGUAUGUGAGUUCCAAGCCCAUUAAAAUUGUUCGUGAAGCAAAUGAAGCGCAAACUAGAACGACUUUACUUCGAGAUUCUCAGAACAAGCGGGAAGGGCUAGAACAGCGAUACGAACACCGUUCACCGUUUGUUGAGCAAAAAUCAUACCUUGAGAAGAGGAGAUUAUUUUUACACAAAUAA